GUUGUAACACUAUUACAGACAGAUCAAUCGUCAACAAAUUUCUAAGCAGUCAAGAUGGAAUCGAGUGGAACGUUGAACUGUGCUGUUCGCGUGAAAGAAGAACCAAUCGACGUGUUGCUCGGUGAAAAUGAUUACAUUGUAAUUGACAAGACAGCCGAUGUCAACAAUUUUCAAUUCCUCAGGCAUUCGCAUGAAAAUCGAAUUCAUAUGCUUCAAAAAUCUGACGAAAAUCACGAAAGUCAACAUGACGACUUGGCGAUCGAGUUGGAAUGUAAAGACAUGAAGCCGAGCUUGGAUUUAUUAGCAGUUAUGAAAAUUGAAAAUUGUUCUGAAGAUCACUUGGCAGCUAUUGAAAAUGGUAACGAAUAUCAAACUCAAAACAUUAAAUUAGAACCUUUGGAUGCAGUAAAAAAGGAAUCUUUUGUGGACGACGCCAAUCAAUUUAAUAUGAACUCAAACUGUGAACUCAGCAAGCCAAAGAAUAGAAGAACAGUUAUGAAAAAGUUGAAUUAUAAUCAUAAUAUCAAAAAACACAUUGUGGACAUGCCAAAUGGAAAAAUCGCUUAUCCUUGUGAUACAUGUGGAAAGGCAUUUAGACAACGAAAAAGUCUCAAAGUCCAUAUCGACUCGGUGCAUCUUAAAAUCACCCACAGUUGUGACUUAUGUGGAAAGACAUUCUCAGUUAAAAGUUACCUCAAAAUGCAUAUUGAAGCGAUACAUAAUGGUAAAACUCCCACAUGCGAUAUCUGCCAAAAAACGUUCUCUCAAAUGAGUAAUCUUCGCAGCCACAUCAACUCAGUUCAUAAUGGUACAAUCACCCAUUCUUGUGAUACAUGUGGAAAGUCAUUCGGACGUAAGAGUAAUCUUAAAAAUCACAUCGAUUCGAUGCAUCUUAAAAUCACUCAUGGCUGUGACUUAUGUGGAAAGACAUUCUCAGUUAAAAGUUACCUCAAAAUGCAUAUUGAAGCGAUACAUAAUGGUAAAACUCCCACAUGCGAUAUCUGCGGAAAGACGUUCUCUCAAAAGGGUAAUCUCCAAACCCACAUCAACUUAGUGCAUGAUUGUAAAAUCACCCAUUCUUGUGAUACAUGUGGAAAGUCAUUCGGACGUAAGAGUAAUCUUAAAAAUCACAUCGAUUCGAUGCAUCUUAAAAUCACUCAUGGCUGUGACUUAUGUGAAAAGUCAUUCUCACUUAAAGGUUAUCUCAAGAAACAUAUUGAAGCGAUACAUAAUGGUAAAACUCCCACAUGUGAUAUUUGCGGAAAGACGUUCUCUCAAAAGGGUAGUCUCCAAACCCACAUCGAUUCAGUGCAUAAUAGAAUGAAAAGUUACGAAUGUGACGUGUGUGGCAAGAAGUUCUCCCGAAAGGGCACUCUGAAAAUUCAUACCAAUUCCAUGCAUAAAGGUACCACCUACCCAUGCGAUUUUUGCGGAAAGACAUUUUCUCAAAAAAGUUAUUUGAAAUAUCAUAUCGAUUCGGCACAUAACAGUAUCAGACAAGAAUGUGAUACAUGUGGAAAGUCAUUCUCAGCUAAAAGUUACCUCAAAAUACAUAUUGAAGCGAUACAUAAUGGUAAAACUCCCACAUGCGAUAUCUGCGGAAAGACGUUCUCUCAAAAGGGUAAUCUCCAAACCCACAUCAACUUGAUGCAUGAUUGUAAAAUCGCCCAUUCUUGUGAUACAUGUGGAAAGUCAUUCGGACGUAAGAGUAAUCUUAAAAAUCACAUCGAUUCGAUGCAUCUUAAAAUCACUCAUGGCUGUGACUUAUGUGAAAAGUCAUUCUCACUUAAAGGUUAUCUCAAGAAACAUAUUGAAGCGAUACAUAAUGGUAAAACUCCCACAUGUGAUAUUUGCGGAAAGACGUUCUCUCAAAAGGGUAGUCUCCAAACCCACAUCAACUUGGUUCAUAAUAGUAAAAAAAGUUAUGAAUGUGAUGCCUGUGGCAAGAAAUUUUUCCGAAAGGAUCGUUUGAAACAUCAUACCGAUUUCGCACAUAAUGGCAUCACCUUCCCAUGCGAGUUUUGUGAAAAAACAUUUUCUCAAAAAUGGUGUUUGAAAACUCACACCGAUUCGUUUCAUAAAAAUAUCAAUUACCCAUGAAAUUUCUGUGAGCAAAAAUACAAGAAACAAACUAGUCUCGUUAAACAUGUCAAAUCGUCGCAUGCAAGUAAUGCCCACUAUACCCAUGUCAUAAAUUCGGCAAAUCAUUUUUAUUAAAGAAUAAUCUUAAAAAGGCUCAUCGCUGAUGCAUUAUAAUCUGAUAACGAAUGUAACAAACUGAUUGCUAAUUGUAUUGCAAAACUACCAUACUUGAUCUAGUAUAUUUGUUUAAAUGACUAAUUCAGACAAUUGUUUCU